GCCCAGCACCACCCCCAGCCAAUCACCGGGUUCCAGUCCAAAGAAUUCCUUCCUACGUCCCUGGCCAGCGUAUCUGGGCCCAAGCCUGGGGCCGUGGGACAAAGUUGGUGAAGAGGGGCGCUCGAACUUCAGUACCUCCCCUGGCCUAUAGUGGCGUUCCGAGGCAGCCAGAGGAUAGCGGCACUCAGGAUCCUAGCAAGGUAAGGCGGGCAAUUGCUGACCAGAAGCGGUUCGAGGCAGCACGUCCCUUCUAGCUUGCCGUAGGCGCGAGAGCACGCGCCCACGUGACCCAGACUGCGCCAUGGCGGGCCCUAGGCCUUGGUCCCUCUUCUGGGAAUGGGGUAAGAACAUCAUCUGCGUGGGGAGGAACUAUGCCGACCACGUCCGGGAGAUGGGCAGCACGGUACUCCGCGAACCCGUUCUCUUCCUGAAGCCAUCCACCGCUUACGCGCCCGAGGGCUCACCGGUGCUGAUACCCCCCUACUGCCGAGAUCUGCACCACGAGCUGGAGCUAGGCGUGCUUAUGGGCAGGUGUGCCCGCGCCGUCCCCGAGGCCGCCGCCAUGGACUACGUGGCUGGGUACGCCCUAUGCCUGGACAUGACCGCCAGGGACGUGCAGAAUGAGUGUAAGAAAAAAGGGUUGCCCUGGACCCUGGCCAAAAGCUUCACCUCCUCCUGCCCGGUCAGCGCCUUCGUGCCCAAAGAGAAAAUCCCUGACCCUCACGCCUUGAGACUGUGGCUCAAGGUCAAUGGCGAACUUCGGCAGGAGGGCGAGACAUCCUCCAUGAUCUUUUCCAUCCCCUACAUCAUCAGCUAUGUUUCUAAGAUAAUAACCUUGGAAGAAGGAGACCUUAUCUUGACGGGGACGCCAAAGGGAGUUGGGCCAGUUAAAGAAAACGAUGAGAUCGAGGCUGGCAUAGACGGAGUGGUCAACAUGAGGUUUAAGGUGGAAAAGUCGGAAUAUUGAGACUGUACAAGGUGGCCUAACUUCUUAAGUGCCAAGAGAGAAGGGAGCAAGACUUAGAAGCAUACAGGAGUUAUUACAUAUGACAAUCUUUUCAUAGAAACCACUUGUACAAAAUGAUUUGAUUGACUUGUUAGUCUUCAAUCACAAAAAAUAAACCCUUCAGGAAAAACAUGAUCUGGAAGAGCUGAGACAGAAAUGGAAACAACUAAAACAAAGGAUUUAUGAUGCAUCUUAGGAAGAGAAUAUAUGGAACCAAACCUUAGUAAGUCUGCUUGUACCGCUGAGCUGUAUCCCCUGCCCAAACCUUCAUAAGUCUUAAUUUUUUUCCUAAAACUGAACUGAGUAAGACUUUUCAGUGCAUCAUUCUAGGAUCAGUUGUUCAAGACAAAUCUUCAAAGGAAACUAAAUGCUAUGUUCCAUUCAGUGUUUUUCAAACUUCCCUGGACUUGUUAGUCAUGUAAAGUAUUUGUAAAAAUAAAAAAUUCCAAAUUUCUGACCCAUCCUGGACCCAUUGAAUUAAUGAAAUUAAUUUCCAGGGAAACUUUACAGAGGACUUCAGUGAUUCUUCACCAGGGAAAUAUGGAAAAACACUACUACACAUAAUCAGUUAAAAGUUUUAUUUUGUUAAAUGAACAAUUGUUGAAGACCUCUCCUGGUUGCUUAGAGUAUCUGUCCUGCCCUUUAUAUUGAAUUUGGGAAAUAAUAUGUUAUUUUAUUGAAUAUGUUAUUUUCCAAAUAAAUAGCUUCCUUUUGUGUAUCUUAAAA